AUGACUGACCAGAUUCUACACCAGCGCGCUGUACACAGGCGAAGCGCAAAAGCCCGCAGGCAGGGGCCAGAGAAUGUGGUAACCCCCGCGGCCCCUGCGGCGGCUGCAGGCGAUGCUGCAGACAAAGGACCCAAGGCGGCGGCUACAACCACCACCACAACUAAUGCUGCUUCUCAGCCAGCGGUACCAACCACAACGACGUCUGUUACGACUUCCAGCACAACGACUUCUAGCGAGACGACUUCUUCUUCCACCUCCACUAAGCCGAUCAAAGUGGCCCCUGUUACCACCCCUUCUACGACUACACCCACGAAACCGUCUCGCGCGCCCGUCACUUUGACAUCUUUUGUGACGCAGCAUUCAUCAUCGCCGGCAGCCAGUGCCUCUGCUUCACCGUCGUCGACAGGCAGCACGAGCACAGGUAGUAUCGUUGGCAGCAUCGCAGGAGGUGUUGUUGUCCUUGUAGUUGUUAUAGCUAUAGCAGGCUUUUUCAUUCGUCGAUGGCGUAAGAGAGCUGCGGAAAGGGAUGAGUUCAGUCCAGACCGAUUCCGUCGAUCUGCCGUUCUGCUCGAUGACGCCAAUGAUGAGCCUAGCUUCAAGCCACGUCCACCGUCCAUGAUCGAACGACGAACAGCACAAUCUCCUGCUGCCCCGCCGUCGGCAUAUCCCUACUCUGAUGCUGAUUCUCCAACCCAGUACGGGUCUGAUCAAAGAAACUUCCACAACUACGGUGCUGUUCCCGGUCAGAAUGGACAAUAUAAUGGUUCUCCCGGUCCUUAUGGUGCUCCAAACCCUUUCGGUGCUCCUCCUAUCCCACACAACGGUCAACAGUAUCCUUCUUCCAACCAGGGGUAUGUUCCAGGCGCUGCUCCCUAUGGCGGGUAUGGGGCUCCUGAUGUGCGAUACCUACAACGUCAACCAUCCCAAGGCCCUCACUUCCCACAAUACCCUGGCCCAGCUCAACAGUCUGCAUUUGGCCCAGGUCAGAUCAUGCCGCCGCAGAACAUUAGGACCCCGUCACCACAUGAAUUGAAUGACUCCCUCCCCAAUCCUUUCGCAUCCGCCACCGCCAUUGAGCAUUCCACCUCGACUACAUCCUCACGCAGUGCUGGUAGCCCCCCUCCAGGCAAUCCGGGUGAGCAAGGCGCGUAUCUCACUCGUCAGCCAACCCAAAAUGGGGGUGCGCCGCCUGCGUACAUGGAUGAUGGGUCGUACACGGAGAUGAGGCGGGAUGUGAAAGUGGCACCGUUGAUGGUAGCUAAUGUGGAUGAUAGCGCGGCACCAUCGUCAUCUUCCUCCCCUAUGAUGACAACUUCGGCUAUUCCAGAGGCGGCUCCUGCUGCUUCCAGGCGUCCGUUGUCUACUCAUACCAUGUAUGACGCUGAUGACGCCUAUGGAGGGAUUUAAGAAAACCCAUCCCCCUUGACCGGACUUCUCAAUGUAACUUAUUGUUUACUAUAGAACUAACCUCGACACAUCUUGGACGUGUGCCGCUCUGCUUCUCGUCGCAUCGAGUUAUCUGUACACCCUUCUAUUCCCCCCCUCCCCAUCUUGCAUUUCACUAUCGCUCAAUCGACUUGUUAUUUUAUUUUAUCUUGCCACAUCUUGACGCCCUGAUCCCAUCCAAUUCGAUGCUCGUAUUUUUUAACUUACUGUUCAGGGACCGUUUUCUUCUUUCCCUCCAUAUACGUACCAUGUUUUCAUGCUUACUUUCACGUAUAUGUGCACGCUGCUUUGGUCAAUGACGUCGUCCUAUAUUCCUAGUUACCUAUCGAUUUCUUCUCCCUUAUUUAUUUCGUUGCCGCCAACAGUGUAUGCAUUGCGCAACUUCACGAUUCUGUUGAAUAUCCAUCUAUCUUUUGCCCUAUGUGGGCAACCUAUAAUUGCACUUGCACUUGGUGCUAGUA